UCUCUCUCCUCUGUAAACUCUCUCCCCCUCAAAUCAAAUCCACAGCAUUAAACAUUCAAAGAUUCUUUUUUUAUAUAUCCAAAUCAAGAAUCAAUCAAGUUUAACCCAUGAUCAGCACCCCGGCUAAAGAAUCCAAGGCUGCAAGCAAGAAGUUGGAUUCCUGCUCUCCAAUACCAAGCAGACCAACAAAUCCCAUUUCAAGAAACUCAGAGAUUAAUCCAAUGAGGAGAAGUUUCAGUGGAAGCCCAUUUUCUAAUCCUUCUAUUAUUUCCAAUCAAGUAGGGGGAGGCUUUAACCCCAAUACUCCUGUUAAUAGCCCUUCAGAUUAUCCGCGAAGAAACUCUAUUAGCAGAGACAAUAUCGUAGUUACAUUGCGUGAUCACGAGGACAAAGAAAAUGGUAAAGACCAGACUUGGAAAUCAGUGAGAAUUCGUUCACCUGCAAAGGGUACAAAGAAUUUCAUGUCUCCAACAAUUUCUGCAGCUUCAAAAAUCAAUGCAUCUCCGAAAAAGAAAAUCUUGGCUGAUAGGAAUGAGCAAAUUCGCACUUCGAUUUCAUUUGCUGAUGCAAAAAGCCCUUUAAUGGAAGACUCGGACUCAAACCAUGACAAGGGUUUGAAUCAGAAGAAGGAGGUCUCGUUUGAUUCAACAGUCAUUUACUUGGCGGGCAAUAAUGAUUCCAAAAGUGAGAAACGUGUUGAUUUGAUCGUAGAUUCAAGUGCUAAAGAUGAUUUGGACUUAUCAUCAGAGAAACUAACUGUUGAGAAGGAUUGUGUUAAUCUUGACUCAAGUUGUAAGAUUAAUCCAAGGGUCUCUAGGUCAUUGCCAAGUCCUGCUCUGGCUCCUCUUGACGCAGAUCCAUCAAUGCCUCCUUAUGAUCCUAAGACUAAUUACCUCUCACCAAGGCCUCAGUUUCUUCAUUAUAGGCCUAACCCGCGAGUUGAGCUUUAUCUAAACAAGGAAAGAGAUGGCCAACCACUUGAUGAGAUUUUUGCAUCAGAAUCCUCAGAAACUGAAGUUAGUGAAGCAGAAGACAGUCACUCUGAUGAUUUGCAGAAAGAAUCGGAUGCUUCUUUAGCCAAUGAGGUGAAAGAAGAAGAGGAAUCGGAAGAGCUGCUGCUAAUAUCUGAACCCAACCCCAUUAGUACUUUUUUGGAGGAGGAGAAGGAAGAGCUGCUUGUAUCUGUGCCCAAUUCCAUUAGUACUUCUGCGGAGAAGGCUAGAGAGAAAAGGGUGUCUAAAUCACAUUUCUUUACAAGAAGAAAGUUCGAUGCUUUGCUUUUUGUCCUGACUGUUGGAUUUUUAUAUGCUUCGUUUUCUAAAUCCCCAGUCAUGGAUCCUUCUGUGCUGAAUAACUUGACCUUCCCUGAGCCUUAUGUCCCACCUGAACUCUCAGAGUAUGCCAGGCAAAGUUUUGAAGCUCUAGCUCAUAAGGUCCAGCUUUGGCUACAUCAGAGUAUUUGUUACACACACAAUCUGAUUAACAGCUUCAGAGGUGGGCACAACCUGGGUUCCUUGCAGUAUGCCAAUUUGACCAUUUUGGUUGAAGAUGGCAUAGUUGAUGGUCAAUUUGCAUUUGAACAGAGCAUUUUAGGAUCAAAAGUCAAGUACGAAGAGAAAGUUUCAGCGCCCAUAAGUGCAGCAGGGGUAGACAUUAAGCUAGUAGAUGAAUGGGAUCUACCAAGUACAGCUGAUGAGGACAUUAAAGAAGUUGCAGGAGAUAAUAAUGAUGGGUAUUUUGAUAGUGUUCCAGAUCCUGAAGAGGUUAGCGUUCCCGCCUCUGAAGAAGUAAAUCUGCUCCCCCAAUCUGAGGUGACUGGACCUCGUAAGGAGGUCAUCCAAGAAAGUGCUGAAACCGCUAACGUUGUGAAGCUGCAAAGCAACAUAGACCUUGAAGACCAGUCUGCACUGAUCCCACAAGCUGCUGAAAUUCAACCAGAAAUCUUGAAUUCCAUGCAAUCUCAAGGCAGAGAUGAUAUUAGUUCUGCAGAUAUUGAGUCCAUUGUAGAAGAGGACAAUUUUGAAAUACUUGAAGGAGCUGCCACAGAAAAUCCACGAAGUUCAGAAUUAGUGAACACACAUUCAGCACCACAGAGAAUGGUCGGGAUUUCCUUGAUUGUUUUCAGUCUACUCGGGACAGUCUUCAUUUAUAUGAAAAGUCGAACUCCCACAGAUCAAAACGCUACAUUUACAGCGGAUCAAGUGCCAAUUCCUAAGAAAUUGGAUUGUUGCCCACUGUCAGUUGGAGCAGAACAUGAAGACAUUGCUGGAGAGUCAUGCUCAUCAGAAAUGAGUAGCUUCAGCUUGUCUUACAGCAAGAAAGGACAGAAGGGAAAAAGUGAAGCUCCAAGUUACGAGAGGAAGCCCAGGAAGAGCAAUCACAGGAGAGAAUCCAUGGCUUCGUCAGGCUAUUCCGUCGGUUCCAUGGGUUCGCCCUCUUACGGCAGCUUCACCACUUAUGAAAAGAUCCCAAGCAAGCAUGGAAAUGCAGAUGAAGAGGUGAUCACUCCAGUUAGGCGCUCUAGCAGAAUCAGACACCAUGUCACUUCUCCAUGACCUGUUCAAAAAAAAUUUCUG